AUGGAUUCCACCACCGAGUACGCCAAGAUGUACCAACGAGCCCAGCGGGCCGCGCGCAACGGCAGUUCGUUUUCGCCGCCAGCGUCACCCACGCCGGCAUACGAGUUCACAAGACAGCACACGUGGCCAGGGCGGCCAGGGCCGCCACACCCACCAGGGAGUGGUGCCGGCAGUUAUGAAGACCGGGAGAGAGGCAUUCCCAUCCGGGAGCGGCAACGAGACCGCGGGUGGGACCACCACAGCCACGCCAGUCGAGACUACGAUGGCCAGCACGAGCAGGAGUACGACGACCGUGACGAGCCACGUGACGAGCCAGAGUAUGAGUACGAGUACGAGUUCGACGGUCGGUCGUGGCAGCCGUCUGGCUCGCCGCGGACGCCACGAACGGCCGGCAUGACCAGCGGGAGUAGUCUGGGCGGAUCCUACGGCCGUCGAGAGCGUGACCGGGAGCGUGACCGGGAGCGAGAGCGAGAGCGAGAGCGAGAGCGAGACCAUGACAGAGAACGGGAACGGGACCGAGACCGGGAAAAGGACCGUCGAGCCAAAGAGCGAGAGAUUCGCGAACGCGAACGGUCACGCGAGUUGAAGUUGGAGCGAGAACGUGACGAGCGCGAGCGGCAGCGCGACCGGGACGUCUGCCGCCAGCGCAUGCGUUAUGCCACCGAGAACUACCCGAGGCGCCUGCGGGCCUACCUUAUGCCCGUCCUCAAGAACCAGCAGGCCAUGGACCACGCCACCGACAUUUUUGUCAAGCUCGACCAGGACGCUCGUUACCUGACCCAGAGCGCCAACACGCUCCUGGAAAGUUUGACGGCCGUGGCCGAGGACCAGGCCACCGGCGGCAAUGGGACAGGGCUCGAUGACCCGGCGCCUGGCACGGACGAGUCAUCCGAAGACGUGACCACGACCGAAGAGAGCAGCGCCCUGGAAGACUCGGAGACGGCGGCCGAGUCGGUGAGCUCGGAUGCCGACUCGGACGACAAUGAACAGCAGUUUGGUUCCUUUGGCCACGGCGGCGACAUGCCGAACUUCAGCAGCCGGCGGUCCAGCCUGGCCAAUGGCAGUGUAGUGGGCGGCAGUGGUCGUCGGCGGAGCAGUGCGAGCCAGCGCCACAGCGGCAGCGGUGCCGAUCACCAGCGCAAAGGAUCCAACAGCACAACGACGGGACCAGCAUCCACCACUGGCGGUGGUUCGGCCGGCGGCGGCGGCCCACCGCCGCUCAUGCACUGGAAUGGAUUCCGGCCGUUUGCCCUCAACAAGCACCCAGACAGUGUCAACGACCGGCGUAAAUCGCUUAUGGCCUUCACCCAGAUUAUCAGUGUCACCUUGCUGGCAUCUCUGGGCGUGGACACCGGUAGCAACGGUGGUCGUGCCCGCCUGUCCACUCGAGGCUUGCUGGCUGAGCUACUGCGUGUACUCCAACCCAAGGACUAUCGCGCCUACUUCCGUGCUGCAGCCCGCGUCAUCUUGUUGCCCGAAGGUGGCAGCAUCGUCUCACGCGCGCAGCCGCCUGAUGAAAUGGCCCUCGAGGCGCUCGAGCGCCAGCUGCUGGGCACAGCCAAAUUUGUGCCCGGUGUGGCCACCUCGGCGUCGUCGUCGCCAGCGCCCAUGAUGGCCUGCCUGACGUACACAUCGGCAAAUCACGGAACGAUCACCCUGUAUCGACUUGAAAUGGGCGGUGGUGGUCUCGGUGCGGAAGGCUGGCCACGUCGCAUCACGCCCGUGUCGGCCAUGGCGGCCGUGCCCAAAGAAUUACUGCGGCGGACGGCCCGCUCGAUGCCGCCGUCGCGGCGGACUGUCCUCAAAGUUGCUGCUGCUCCGCCAAGUGGCACAGACAAGAAGAAGGACGAAAAAAGGGCUAGGGGUGGACGCAGCGCGAGUAUCAGUGAGGACAAGGCGAGCUCAUUUGACGAUGGAGACAAGGACAAGGACGACGAGAAGGAACUGGAACGGCUCCGAUUCCGCUGGAUAUCCAUGCCGCAGGACACGUCCGUUCCCCAGAUUGGGCACACGUCGACCGUCGACGCGCCCGCCCUGUCCCCCAAGUUCCUGGCCGCCAUGGGUAUGUCACGCGAGGACCGCACGUUGUCGGACGGCACGACGGCCAAUACGGUGCAGGCUACACUACCGGCCAUGUUUGCUUGGCUGCACACGCGCGCGGCGUACCUGACGGCCAUGGAUAUGACGGGCCCCGAGCUACAGCGGCCCACCGCUCCCUCUGUCUCCAAGUCAGAGAAGACAUCGCCCACGAAGGGGCGCGAUCGUGAUCGUCGUGACCGCGACCGGGAGAGGGACCGCGACUACGAUGACAACGCGUCGACGUCGACGUCGACCACCGCCCAAACGUCUCGCAGCCGCAUGCGCCGUGUCGUCCGUUAUCAGCAUGGCCCCACGCCUCUCGACCACGACGGAAAGGAGCCCACAAUCGUUGUCCUGCACCCGAGCCGCGGCGACUGGGUAACGUCGUCGGUAUUUUGGACGGAGAAGAAGGAGUAG